CACGCUGAUUUCACACUUUGGCUCAUCAUAUAUUCAUAUGUACAUCCCAUAAAAAAAGAGAGAGAUUUUCCUACUAAAGCUAUAUAUAUAGGGAUCACUCACAUUCACAUCAUUUUCUUCUGUGAGAGAGAGAAAGAGAGAGAGAGAGUUUCUUAACUAAAAUCUAUAUAUAUAUAUACAGGGAUCACUCACAUUCAAUAUCAUUUUAUGAGAGAGGGAGAGAGAGAGAGACAGAAGGUUAAUUUUAGGAGGAAUUGAAAAGCGUAGGGUAUUUUAUUUAACGUGGGAAAAAUGAAGUUCUGCAAGAAAUACGAGGAAUACAUGAAGGCGCAGGAAAAGAAGAAAUUGCCACGGGUUGGUUUCAAGAAACUCAAGAAAAUCUUGAAAAGAUGCAGAAAACAGCCUCAUUUGGAUGGAGCUUUCCUUGCUGAUCACAACAAUCAUAGCGAUGCCGCCUCUCACACUUGCCCACAGCAUUGCUCAGUUUGUGAUGGGACAUUCUUCCCUUCACUUCUUGAGGAAAUGUCUGCAGUAGUGGGGUUCUUCAACGCAAGAGCCCAGAGAUUGCUGCAGAUACACUUAUCAUCUGGUUUGAGCAAGUGUGUGAUCUGGUUGAAAGGUAAGGUCAAGGGGAAUCACACUGCGCUCACUCAAGAAGGCCGCGACUUGGUCACCUACGCCAUCAUCAAUGCCAUUGCAAUGCGCAAAAUACUCAAGAAAUAUGACAAGGUUCACUACUCUAAGCAAGGCCAAGCCUUCAAGUCACAAGCUCAAAGUAAGCACAUUGAGAUCCUUCAGUCCCCAUGGCUCUGUGAGCUCAUGGCUUUCCAUAUAAAUCUCAGAGCAUCGCGUCCCAAUUCAAGAAACUCCACUGCACUCUUUGAGGGAUGCUCUCUCAAGCUAAAUGAUGGGAAGCCGUCUCUCUAUUGUGAGCUCUUUGACUCGGUAAAGCUUGACAUCGACUUGACCUGUUCCAUAUGCUUGGAGACGUUGUUUGACCCCAUCUCUCUUGCCUGUGGUCACAUGUUCUGUUACUUGUGCGCAUGCAAAGCUGCUUCAGUGAGCGUCGUGGAUGGCCUCAAGGCAGCAAGCCGCGAUCAGAAAUGUGCAAUAUGUCGAGAGGAUGGAGUAUAUGAAGCUAAAGUGCGUUUGGAAGAACUGCAUAUUCUAUUGAGCCGAAGUUGCCCAGAAUAUUGGGCAGAAAGGCGUAAAUCCGAAAAAAGAGAAAGGGUGAAGCAAACCAAGGAGCACUGGGAGUCCCAGUGCCGCCUGUUCACGGGCAUCUGAGCUCAGGGCCAUCGCUAGCUAGAGCAUCGUGGAGAAGUUCUUUUUAGACAUCUAUUUUUGGUUGUUUAUGAGAUCUUGUCUGAAAAUGCAUAUGCAUAUAUAAAGCAAUCUAGUCAAGAAACAUGUUUGUAUUGAAAAACUUCGGUAGUUGUAUUGUUCAUUCAAAUUAAUGCAUUUCCCGAAGUGAAAUAAAUACAUCAUAUGAUUUUUUAACA